GUACAAAGAAGUCUAUGUGGCGUUCGUUGAUGUGUGCGUGCGUACGGAAUUAUUUUCUCGUGAAGUAUUGAAAUUUUUAGUGUUAGUUCAUUCUAUUCGUUUUUGUAGAACGGUGACAGCAAAACGACGACUUAAAAAAAAGAGGAAAACGGAGAGAUAUCCAUCAAAAUCUGUUUUUUUUUUGUUUCAUAGAAAUUCCAUUUUAUAUUCCGUGAACUGUGUAUGUGCUUUGAAUAAUAAAUAGGUUUUAGUUUAAAUUGAAAACUAUCAGCGAAGAGCAGAAAAAAAACAGCGAAAAGCAUUCCACACAAACUAAAGCAAUUACAAGUCCAGAAAAGUGGAGAAAAACAACUAGUGGAAGAAAAAAAAAAUAUCGGUCGCCUAAAAUUGAAUCCACUCGCAAUCGAUCAAUUAAAAAGCAUCCUGCCAGAAAUUCCAAAAGACUGAAACUGAUUGAAAUGUGCGCGAGCGCAAGCACAAUGUAGAAGACUGGAGAAUGAAUGCAGAUCAGCAGCAGCAGCAGCAGCAGCAGUGGCGAGUACAGCGCGGAAACAGCAAAUCAUUAGCAUUUCCAAUAUAUGUGAACAAUGUUUCGAAGCAACAUCAACUCAUUACAAACACAUCACGCUUACCGAAACCGAUCGAAAUAAAUGCAUAUUAUUAUCAUUGGUGCCUGCGGACGAUGACAACUGAACGCUAACAGCGCAACGUUGAAUAGUGCUAAAGUGCUCAAGAGACACACGCAUAUAUACAUUAUACUACCUACAAUUUUCACAAAUAACUAAAAUUGUAAACAAAAUCCGACCAGCAGGAAGAGAGAAAGAAAGAGAGGAAAAAAAAUACGCGACGAAAUAAACACAAAACAAAACAAUGUGAACAAAAACACAAACAGCCGAUUGAGUGCACAGUGAGAGAAUCAAAGUGGACCGAUUGUGCGAAUAACAACAACGAGCAAAUGAAUAAAAUAAUAAAAAGUGAAAACUAGUUCUAACACAGAAAGCGAAAUAAAAUCAAAUUCAACACAACAAUUUAAGUUAUUUAUGAAAAACGUGCAGAAAAAAACAGCCUUACAGACCAAACCAAUAGUUUGUAUGUAUUCCUUUCGAUUUUAUGAAUGAAAUUUUCGACAUCAGGAUCAAUUAAUUCACUGUUGACGUCAAGAGAAAAACCCUAAGAAAAUCACAACGCCAGAAGAAGACGGUUCGAAGACAUAACAUCAUGACGGUGGAUUUCAACGACUAUUUUUGGGGUGAUAAGAACAACGGAUUUGACGUUUUGUAUCACAAUAUGAAAUAUGGAUUGGUUGCCAGCAAGGAGUUGUCGGAAUUCUUUCGCGAAAAGUCAAAUAUUGAGGAGUCGAAUUCGAAAUUGAUGACAAAACUAGCGAAUAAAGCUGGUUCAGGAUGUGUACAGGGAACAUUUGCACCGGUAUGGGUGGUGUUGAAAUCAUCAGCCGAAAAAUUGUCGUCGUUGCACUUGCAAAUGGUGCACAAAAUCUCGGAAUUGGUUAAAGAUGUCAGCAAAUAUGCAGAUGAACUGCAUAAAAAGCACAAAUCAGUUAAAGAAGAAGAGGCUAGUACAUUGGAAGCAGUGCAAGCGAUGCAAGCCUCAACGGCAGCCGUUCAAAAAGCCAAGGAUUUAUUCUCGAGCCGAAUGAACGAAUUGGAGAAAAUACGCAAAGAUGGUUCGGCGAAGGAGUUGGAAAAGGCCGAAUCAAAAUUGCGAAAACAUCAAGACGAAUACAAACAGCUACUGGAUAAACAUAACCCCGUGAAAAUGGAAUUUGAACGACGAAUGAGCAUGACCUGCAAGCGAUUCCAAGACAUCGAAGAAAAUCAUUUGAAACAAAUGAAGGAAUUUUUAUCAACGUACAUUGAGCUGUUGCAAAACAAUCACGAUAUGGUUGGACAAGUGCACUCUGAGUUCAGGCGACAAUUUCUCGAAAUGACCGUCGAUAAAUUACUCGAACAAUUUGUGUUGAGCAAAUAUACUGGCUUAGAGAAACCGGAAAUAGUUGAGCUUGAUUUAACACAUUGGUCGCCGAGCAAUACAAGUUUGAAUGCAACCCAACCAAGUGCAUCGCAUUCAAUGGUCGGAGCAUCAACGAAUUCGGUUGCGUCGGCCGGAAGUGGCAUUGGUUCGAUACAUUUAACCAAUGUUCAACUUGAAUACGCUCCAACGGCCUCACCAGAGCUUAGCCUAACCAAUACUGGAAGUAGCGUAUCGAAUAAUCAAUCGACGCUGGGCAUGGGAACAACAACCAAACGUGAACCAUAUCUACGGAAUUGGUUUAUGUCACAGUCGUCGGCAUCAUCGCAUUCGGCGAACGCAAUAUCAAACAUUCCAUCGCAUGCGAAUACAGGCAAUUCGGUAUCGGCAACUGCAUCACCAGCCGCAUCAUCAUUGAACGCAAUAUCAACGGAAUCAAGCGAAAGUAACUAUCAAAAAAUGAAACAAUUCUCGUUACAGCAACUCCAUACGGCCGAUAACAUUCAAUUGCCAAUCGAUAAUUCAUCGUCCACAUCGUCCGUACUGAGUUCACAGCAUCACAGUUCAAUAACAACAAACACUAAUAGAAAAGCCACCACAAACGGUGAACAAAACGGCCAUAAUAGCAACAUGAAUAAUAGCCAUAGUCAUUCAGCUGAUGUCAGUGUCAGAGAUGAACCGCAGAAGCAGUCAACAUCACAGCCAAAACAACAAAAAUCUUCCCGCCGCACAACUUCACUCCUUAACCUCUUCAUGUCCAAUUCUCAGGGAAGUCGUGAUAGUCGCGAUAGUCGUGAGAGUCGUGGUAGCCGUGAUUCAAAUUCGAUUGAAGUUCUAUCAGCUCCAUCAAGCCCAAGCGAACAACAAGACACUCAAAAUCAAUCGAGUUCGCAAAUCGGACGGAAUCCACUCAGAAGUUCAAAAUUUUCAGCAAUUUUGCGAAGCGGUCGAAAUAAGACAAAAUCAAAGAAGUCGAAGAAGAAAAAAGACUCAGCAAAUGAUGACACCAUCAGUGGAGUAAGCGGAGUAGCAGAUACGAGCAGUGCUGUUGUUGAGGAGAAAGAGGACGUAAAUCAAAGUGUGGAGUCGACACCGCAUACGACGCCGAUUCCAACGAAUACAACAGCUCCUCCACCACAGACUCCAAACAGCGAACAGCAGCCAGAAGUCGAUGAAGAUGGUUAUUGCAUUCAGCCGAAAGAUCCUCUGUGGAAUGUUCAAUGGCCAAAAAAAGAUUCUGAUUCGGAUAGUGAUUCCGACAACGAUGAACGAGAUCGAAAGAUACAUGUCGAAAUAAAACCGUUGAACAAUGGAUCGGCUCCAAUAUCAGCGUCGGUCGACGAACUUCGAGCAACGGUGGAGAGUUUUACGUUAUCACCACUUGGUGGUGCCUUAUCGGGUCGACGAGAUUCAAAUGUUGAUACCAAUACCAUGCUUAUGAAACGCUCGCAAUCUGUGUCACAACAAAUUGGCGAUAAGCCAAGUAAUGAUUUGCUUGGUCUCAAUUUAUUUCAGCAUCACCAAAGCCCCGGCCAAUCAAACUCAUCAACGCCAACGGCUUCACACCCAUAUGCUCCGUUACAAAGUCCAACGCUGUCUGUAUCGAAUACAUCGAGGUACACGGAUCUAGGCGAUAUAUUCUCAGAAAUUGGUGAUAUAAGUGUAUCAGCGCCGCCUUCGGCCACAUCGAGUAAAUUGAAUAGUCGACAAAUUCCAACACCAACAUCGGCAGGUAGCAUCGCAAUACCACGGCCUCCAUCUCGUCGAUCGGAAGCAACCGGACGAGGUCGCGUCAGUCCAUCAAGCAUAUCGCGCGCAGACAGUGUGGGUAGCUUAGAAUUCCGAACGGCUAGCAUUGGCUUCGGAUCAUCACGAGGACCAUCGCCAUUGACAAUUGGCAUCACGGACACAAUUCCAUUAGCAGUUGCAUUUCAUGAAAUUGUUCAUGCAUUUUUCAAAGGAAGUGACGAAGCGCGUUGUCAGGUUAAAAUGUCAGGCGACAUGAUGCUAUCAUUUCCGGCCGGAAUUGUUAAUGUAUUAGCAAACAAUCCGAAUCCAGCUCAAUUAGGCUUCCGUAUCAAGAAUAUGCAGAAUCUCGAAAAUUUAUCGCCGAACAAACAAUUGGUAGCAAUUGACAAACUCCAAUCGACGAGUUUUAGCACGUUGCUCGAGUUCAAUAUGCCCGCAUUAACUGCCUUGUUGCGACGCCAAUCGGAACAGAAUCCGACCGCUUCCUAUUUCAAUGUUGACAUUUUAAAAUACCAAAUCAAAGCAAAAAUGGGAGCACAAUCAUGUCCGUUCCAAUUGGUUUCGUAUUGGAAAUGCGAACCAUCGCACACAGACAUCAAAAUCGAUUACAAGUACAAUAAUCAUGCGAUGGCAGCAUCAUCGCCAUUGCUAAAUGUUGCCUUAUCCGUUCCGGUUGAUGGGGGCGUUAAAAAUGUACAAUCCAAACCGCAUUCGGCUUGGUUGGGCGAAUCAAAUCGUUUGAUGUGGAAUUUCACAGACAUUUCCCAACACUCCGAUAACAAUGGGGUGGGUACACUUCGAGCUCGAUUGGAUGUUUCCAACGGUCCGUCAAAUCCAUCUCUGAUUAGUACACAAUUCAAUUGCGAGGGAACCACUCUAUCUGGAAUUGAGUUUGAGCUUGUGGGCAGCGGCUAUCGACUGUCUUUAGUUAAACGACGCUUUGUUUCUGGAAAAUAUAUAUGCGAAGGAGAUGGAAUUCGAAGUAUUAAAACGCCAACACCGCCAAAUGCAAACUCACCGAGCCCCUUCAGUCGACCUUCAUAAGAAAUAGCAUUUGAAUAAGAAUCGUGCCGCUAGAUCACGAUCGCAUUUUCCCGCAUCGAGCAUUCGACGCUGUAAUUUCUACAAGUUCAUGGCAAAAACUGGUUUUGGCUUUAGUGCUCUGCUAAGUGUAAAGAUGUGUUAAUUAUAUGAAUAAUAUUUAAGCAUACGUUUUGCCGCCCAAGUAUGCGUCCUUUGCAUUCAAAACGUAACGUAUCAAAAAACGAUUUGAAUUUAUUUUUUAUUUUUUAAAAAUUCGAAAUUGAGAAUAUGUUUAAUUUUGUUGAAAUCUGUUUGUCUUUUUUGUUUUGCUUUCUCCUCUCUAACUCAUUGAAAUCGUUAUCUGUAGUUGGAAAAGGCACGUUAAAGUCUAUAUAUAUAUAUAUAAAGAAAUAGAGAGCAACAAAUAAAUUAAGAAGAAAAAACAAAAAACAAAUCACAUUCAAUUAACAUAACGAAUCCUUCUAAUUUUGGCAUUUACGUAUUAUUAUCAUUAAGUUAAACUGUACAAUUCUAAUCUUUUUAUUGCAAAUGAAGAAAAACACACACACACACACAUUUAUAAGAAGAUACUAAAAAUUAUUUGUGUAGUAGAAACAAUUAAAGAGAUAUACAAAAUAA